GCGGAGGCGGCGGCGGCGUCUCCUCCACCCCACCGCCCACCCGAGCUUUAGCUUUGCGCGGCGACCGCUCUCGGCGGGAGGACGGCUGCGCGACACGCGGUGCUCACUUGGUGCUCACUUGGUGCUCACUUGGUGCUCACUUGGUGCUCACUUGGUGCUCACUUGGUGCUCACUUGGUGCUCACUUGGUGCUCACUUGGUGCUCACUUGGUGCUCACUUGGUGCUCACUUGGUGCUCACUUGGUGCUCACUUGGUGCUCACUUGGUGCUCACUUGGUGCUCACUUGGUGCUCACUUGGUGCUCACUUGGUGCUCACUUGGUGCUCACUUGGUGCUCACUUGGUGCUCACUUGGUGCUCAGAGCGCCGCGCGGUCCGCGGCGCGACGCGCGGCGGUGGCGGCCGACGCCGCUCCCGCCGCUCCCGCCGCACGUUUCGUCGCCUCGGCAGUGCGCAAUGAGCAGCAGAGCGGUGCGGAGAGAGCGCACGCCUGGGCUGUAGCACCACCACCACCACCACCCACCUCCUCCUCCUAUCUCUCUCUCUGCCUGGGUGCCUCUCGCCCUGCCGCUAAACGUGCGCGCGCUGCUGUGGAGACCUGGGACCGACCCCCGUGCGUCCGGCCCCUUACCUGGGGCUGAGCGAAGCUUGGAGAGAGCGAGCGAGGGGCGAGAGGUCUGAGACCGCGACUCUCAAGCAUCGCCUGGGCAGCGGCUCCAGCGACUCCCCCGUGUGGCUCCAGCGACUCCCCCGUGUGGCUCCCCCCCCCUCCUGAGCGCAUGAGUCGAGAGGCGGGCACGGCCAUAAGAUGCGGGUUCCGCUGGGCGCAUUGGCCCUACUCUGCCUGCUGAGCACAGGGAGGAGCUUGCAGAUUCAGUGCUACCAGUGCGAGGAGUUUCAUCUCAGCGAAUGCUCGGCGCCCAAGAACAUCGCCAACUGCACCGUGAACGUGCAGGACGUGUGCCAGAAGGAGGUGAUGAUCAGAAGCAACGGCACGUUCUACCGAAAGUCGUGCGCGUCGUCGGCCGCGUGCCUCAUCGCCGCCGCGGGCUACCAGAGGUUCUGCAGGCCGGGCCGCAUGGGCUCCGUGUGCAUCAGCUGCUGCAACACGGCGUUCUGCAACGGGCCCAGGCCGGCGCGCCGCCGCAACUCGGCCCGGCGCUCGGCCCCCCCGCCCGGAGCCGUCGCGGUGCUGCUCCUGCAGUUGCUCCUGCAGCUGCUGCCCGUCCUGCUGCCGCUGCUGCAGUCGCCGCCGAUGCAGCUGCUGCCGCUGGGGCUUCCCGCGCAUCCGCCAGCGGUGCGCGGCGGUGACAGCGCGUGCCUCUAGCAGGAGACGCACGUGGCUCGUGGACACGCGCGGAUCGCGAAGCGCACGUGGUCAACGCUUUCCUCGGGGGAGCGGUGGCGCAAUGGUUCUUGGACUAUGCUUCGCACCUGGUGAUCAGAGUUCCAUCUUCGGCCACGGCUAACGUCAGUGGCAAGUGAAAGAAGAACCUGCCCUGGGCAUACCCUAGCUCAACGCAUCCUGACAAUUUCCUGGUGCAGCGUGCAUACAUCGGCACUAGGAAGACAAAGGGGGCUGGGCAUUGUCCUAGCCACACCACCCCACCGCGCGCUGUGUUGGCCUUAAUAGGUGCUCGCUAACAGCACUUCCCCCAAUGGGGAUCUUUGUGUGCGCGUAUGCAUUGUACAACUCUAAAAUGCUAGUGUCAGUUUUGUUCAUGUUGUCAAAUGUGGCCUCCAAACAAUAUUUCAGAUCACAUUUAUAAAUAAACGCGAUCUAACCCAAAAACCUUUAUUAUGAAUACAUUUCCCUGCCCCCUCUUUGUUCUGAAGAAGGGCCACAAACUGAAAUGUUAGCCUGAGCAUAUUAUAUAUUUUUGUCUUAUGAGGCAGACGAUGGUGAGAUAUUUUUGAUUUGUGUGUACAUAUAUAUGUAUAUAUACCCGUAUGCAUUUAGACCACUGUGCUGAGGUCGUGAUUCCCAGGACUCAAUUCUUGCCUAUUCACAACGAGUUUUGAACUAAAUUUGGCCUCGACCUCCCCCCCUCCGCCCCAGAUCAACUCAGCCUAAAAUCAGUACCUGGUGCGACGUUUGAAAAAAAUAAAUAUCAGGACAGGGGAGAUAAAGGUGGCCGGACAAUGUGUGAUCCCAGCCUCACCACCCCAUGGUGUGGCUCGCCUCAAUGGGCGCUCAGGCCUAUCGGUCUACAAGGGUCUUAGGUAAAAUGUAAAUCCACGUGGCAUGUAUGUAGCAGCAUUGCACGUACAGGCACACGUGUGUACGGUUGCAGAGACGCUUCUCUGCCAUUUAAAGUUAAUCGGCAUUAGGCAGCUGCAUAUAUACGGCUGCCAAUAGGUUCGCUAUUAAACAUUCUGCCAUACUCCAAUAUACACCACAGUAACACUGUUAUAUAUCAAUACAAUUAUACUUUAAAAACCUAUCUACAAAUACUAACAUACAUACAGGGAAUGCUAAGGAUACUAUGGCAAAAUAGGGUAAGUAACUUGGAAGUCUGGAAUAGAGUAUGGAAGGAAGGUGCGGUAACUGUAAUUGGGAAGCGGAUGUUGCGAUGGGUGGGACACGGUUAGCGUACGGGUGGAGGAGGGAGGGCAGGUUACAGAAGCAGGCAUUGGAGUGACGCCCGUAGGUCGCCGAUCACAGGCAAGCCCUGCAGCCCGACGGUGUUGACGGUGUCGUAAGUUGUGUCGACUGCGCAAUAAGGCAAGUUCGUGCGUGCAGGUGACGGUGAUGAGACGGCGAACUUCAAGGUUGGGUGUCAACUCUGCAACAAUCGCAGGAUCGAUCAGAAAUGGGAAGCGAUGGCCUGAUGCGGUGGCAUCAACGACACCGAUGACCUCUUGACCUGGACAGAUUUAACCACUUGCUCUGCUCGGUCUUAUUAUUAUUAUGAGAAGUAAAUUAUAUUUAGAGAUGCGUUUAGUUGUAUAUUUUUGAACUGUGGAAACUGCGUGGGUGACGCAUGGCUACAUCUGCUUUGGGUUCGCCGAUUCGAAUCCAGCCCAUGGCUCCGUCAAAUGGCAAAACAGAGACGCUAACGAAAAUUUAAAGGGCCCUACCUGGCCACAAUUGGAGGGGACAAAUAAUCGUCAUUGGUGAACAGUAUGGGGCCGUCCAUAAAUGACGUCACGCACCUAUGGGGGGGGUUAGGCAUU